UCUCCAACCUGUUUUAGACUUGUCGCACUUUAGUGACGUCGGCUCUUCAGUGUUGACAGAUUGCAAAAGGAAUUUUUUCCUAGAAGCACGGGUAAAGUCAACUAUUCAUUACAUUUGAAAGUACGUUCUAACGCAGUACAGCAGCCAUGGCGCUACGAAGAGCCGCUUUGCGCCUGCUCGUCAAACCCCACAUAUGUACUUUCAUGGCGGCUUCGAGGGGACAGGGGACCGUCGCACCUGUUCGCUCUGACGGUGAGGCGGCGAGGGAUAACACGACAGUGAAACCACCUAAGGUCCAAUUCAACUGGCGUGAUCCCCUGGACCUGGAGGGGCAGUUGACUGAAGAAGAGAUCAUGAUUCGAGACUCGUUCCGUACAUACUGCCAGGAGAAACUCAUGCCACGGAUUUUGAUGGCCAACAGAAAUGAAGUGUUCCAUCGUGAUAUUGUGUCAGAAAUGGGGGAACUGGGAGUUUUGGGCCCAACAAUUAAAGGUUAUGGCUGUGCUGGCACCAGCUAUGUGGCCUAUGGACUCAUUGCCAGGGAGGUGGAGAAGGUGGACAGCGGGUACCGCUCAGUCAUGAGUGUGCAGUCCUCACUGGUCAUGCACCCAAUCUACGCCUAUGGCACGGAAGAGCAGAAGGAGAAAUACCUCCCUAGACUGGCGAAAGGGGAUCUUCUGGGCUGCUUUGGUCUGACGGAACCAAACCACGGUAGCGAUCCGGGUAGCAUGGAGACUCGGGCAAAAUACAACCCCUCCAGUCGCACCUUCACCCUUACAGGCUCUAAAACAUGGAUCACAAACUCCCCAGCGGCAGACAUCUGUGUGGUAUGGGCCAAAUGUGAUGACAACAAAAUACGAGGCUUCAUUCUGGAGCGUGGCAUGAAGGGCCUCACUACGCCAAAGAUUGAGGGCAAGUUUUCCCUGAGAGCCUCCUCCACAGGCAUGAUUGUUAUGGAUGACGUAGAGGUUCCAGAAGAGAACCUGCUACCCAAAGCCUCUGGUUUGGCUGGUCCCUUCGGCUGCCUAAACAAUGCCCGGUAUGGAAUUUCCUGGGGUGCUCUGGGUGCAGCUGAAUUUUGUUUCCACACGGCCCGUCAGUACACAUUAGACAGGAUUCAGUUUGGCGUGCCCUUGGCCAGGAACCAGCUCAUGCAGAAGAAGAUGGCUGAUAUGCUGACAGAGAUCACCAUUGGACUACAGUCCUGUCUGCAGCUGGGCAGACUCAUGGAUGAAAAGAAAGCAGCACCAGAGAUGAUCUCUAUGCUGAAGAGGAACAGCUGUGGUAAAGCCCUGGACAUCGCUCGACAGGCGAGGGACAUGCUAGGGGGCAACGGCAUUGCAGACGAGUACCACAUCAUCCGACAUGUCAUGAACUUGGAAUCUGUCAACACGUAUGAAGGUACACAUGAUAUCCAUGCCUUGAUUUUGGGUAGAGCCAUCACUGGGCUACAGUCCUUCACAGUAGACAAAUAAAUGAGAUGCUGUCUCAGUACGGUAAAUACACUAAAGAUCCUAAUUGCGGCCUGCUCAUUCACAGGAUAUCUCCACCUUAUUUCCUCUUUUUAUAGAUAUCUGUAUAAAAUAAGGGCCUUGGUUGGAAAGGUCAAAGUUAGUUAGAUUGGUCAGUUUUGCAUGUGACUGUGAACAGUUACAUUGCUAUUUCCCAUUACAUAAUAUGUGUUGAUUCUGGAUACGGUAUAGACUAAAAUUAACACCUGUAAAAUUUACGCAAAACAGAAACCAGCAAUUUCCACAGAAACUAUUUUUGACUGACAUAGCACUUAUUUCAUUGCCUGUGAAAAUGGUAAUCAUAAUAUUUGCACUUUUGAAUCUCUCUGGCCUUUGGUCCUCUGCCCUGGCUGCAAAUAAAAUUCUCAUUAAUGUUGUCAAGAGGGGACAGCGUGGACUUUUGACAUCACUCUAUUGAAUUUAUGCCGUUGCAUUAAUAAAAUCUAUUGCGAUUAUA